CGAGGAUGUCAAAUUAAUUGCACUACUUUUUUGCAUAUGCCGAGAUGCAGUUCCUGGAAUUGAUACUAUUGCCAAUCCUGGCCAGCUUUGUCUACUGUCGACCCACUUUCGGAGGUUAUCCGCACCCAGGACCAGGACCAUUAAUUCAAGAGGGCUACGAGCACGGGUAUGAUUAUCACUAUGGAGGAGGCUACGGCUACCAGCAGGGAGCACCAACAGUGGGCUAUGGCUACUAUCCUCCACCGCAACUAGUGCAUCCUCCCAUUAGCUACUAUCCGCCACCGCAACCUGCUCCUGCAUACUACUCCCCACCACUGGCUACUCAUAAGGCAACUGUUUCUUAUCCUCACAAGUCGAAGGAAUAUUACGGCGCCUCCUCAUCAUCAUCCGGAGGCUAUAAACAGAGCGGUUACUAGCCAAAACUACAUAUAAAUGCUACAUUAAAUAUUUAUUAAAUUUAUAUUGAUUCGAGUAA